AUGUGCUCUCUCAUCUCUUCUUCCUCCUCUGCGACGUCCGUCUCGCAGCUCCGCCGCCGCGCACGCUCCACAGCCACUCCGAGCCUCUGCGCCGCCAGCACCGGCACAACACUCCUCUCUCCCGUCCUCGCCGCCGAGGACAUCAGCGGCGGCCCGGACGCCACCGCGGGAGUGGAGGCACGCGAUGACUACUGCAAGCUCAUAAGGGAUUGCUGCGGCCAACUAUCUUUCUGUGCUAAGCAGAAAUGCACGGCUGCUCUGAGGAUGCUUGCACUUGGUACUGCCGCAUAUGCCGUUGAUGAGAUGGUUAGAAUGGGGGAGAGCACAUGCCUCGAGACUACUGUCAAGUUUGUCUGUGCCGUGGUGCAGGUGUUUGACAAAGUAUCUGAGAGGGCCAACGCAGAAAAUUUGUUGGUUAUUGAAGAGGCCAGAGGGUUUUCAGGAAUGGUCGAAUCAAUUGAUUGCAUUCACUGGCAAUGGAAGAACUGCCCCCAAAGGAGGCUUUGUAAUGGGGAAUUUCCGCCAUGCAACUACACUGUCAACGGCUGUGACUACAACAUGGGGUACUACCUUGCCGAUGGCAUCUAUCCUCAGUGGGCGGCGUUUGUGAAGACCAAAGCAGCCAAGAAGAAUGUGGAGAGGGCAUUCGGGUGCUUCAAGCUUGUUGGGGAAUUGUUCGUGGAGCUGUAA